AUGGCCGAUUUUCUGGCCAGUUUCGGAGUCAGCACUGACACGAGCGCCAAACCUUCCAAGAAGAAACAAUGCGCGUCGGCCGACGAGCUUGCCGACAAGCUUCAAACCAUUCUCGACGAGAAUACGAACGAGACCCGAGCGGACCACGUCACCUCGAACCUGAAACUCAGCAGCUCGGCGCAAUUUGACUUGAGCCUGACAGAGAGCGAGAAUGAUGCGUUGGAGGGUCUGAACAACGUCGAUCCAUCGUUGGGAGGCGUGCGCUCAGCUACCCUGUCUGCGGACCCGGCUGGGGGGACCACGACGCGCCUAGUGCAAGCAAGCGACACGAUAAUGAAUCAAUCCGACAACCCGGUGUUGCAGCGGGCGGUAGCGAAGCACGUGAUUGGAGCCCUCAGUUCACGCGAUCACAGCACUUGGGUGUUGCGAGAUCUUUCGAGGGGCUCGAGCGGUUGGAUAUUCAGCUACAUCUGCAAAGCCUCUCUCCAGCACUGGACUCGACAGAAUGCGAAAAACCCCACAACGGCUGUCAUUGGAGACUGCACCCUGCGUGUACCCGACCCUGUCCUAAUGAGCCGUCCUGCGUUCGACUGCCGCGGCUCGAUCACGAUAACUUUCAAUCGGAAGGACAGGUGCAUCAGUGUGAGGUAUGACCAUACGCUCCUCCACAAGACUGUGGAAGAGCUCAGCAAGGCUUAUCCAACCCCCGAGAGAGUGUUUGGACCUGGCUACGAGCGUCAGCAACAGCAAAAGCUUCAAGCUAGGGAACAGAAGAAGAAGCUGAAGCAAAAGACACCGAGGGAGCCAAAGGGCGAGGGCGAGGGCAAGGAGAAACGACGAAAGAAGAAGCGUGAUGCUCCAGCCGAUGGAGAGGCUGGUGCCGACGGCGAGCGGCCUAAGAAGCGUCACAAGAAGAGGAAGAAAUCUGCUGAGGAGACUGCGACAGGCACAGCCGGAGAAGCCGUCAUGCCGCCAGACUAUCCUGGGGCGCGACUACCAAACGAGCAAGGCGAACAGAACUGGGGGAGCUAUGCGCAGGCGUCACAAGCGACAUUGCCUGCGCCAGCGACAGGCUCGCUGCCAUUUAACAUAUCCCCCGAGGAAGCUGCGCGACGGUUGGCCAUUGCUAGGAAGCUUUUGUCGGAUCACGGUGUUAAUCCUGACUCCCUGUCUGUCGACCAGAUGAACAUUUUUAGUAACCAGUCGCCAGCAUUGCAACAGGACUCUGUGCAGAUGCUGGCGAAGUAUGGCGCAGAAAGGUUGCAGAUCAUUCAUCCAAGCAACAAGGACAAGCCGUCCUCGGAAGGCACCACUGAGAGGGCGCAGCAAGCCACACCCAGUGGACCAACGACCAGCAAAGAGCUGGCCCCCGAUGCCAAACCCACAAAGAGCGGCCGCAAGAGCAAGCCGACACCCAAGGCAGCCAAUGGCGACCAGACUACGGUGCACGGAUCUAACGAGACGCCUUCAAAGUCUCACAGAAAAUUGGGCAAGUCGAGACUAUCGUGCCUUUGUUGUAAGACCCGGAGAGUCAAAUGCCCCAAGGAGCGGCCGAGCUGCUCAGAGUGUCAAUCAGAGGGACAGCCAUGCGAAUAUCCACCUCAGAAGCCGCGCUCCAGAAAAUCUGGACCCGUGAUCACCAUCGAGGAAGACGAAGACGAAGACGAAGACGAGGACGACGAAGAAGAAGAAGAGGAGGGGGUUAUUGAGACUACUAUUGCCGAGCACGCUGGCAUUGAUGGCAGCCGCCAACAAGGCGACGCUGCACACGCUACGGUCGCGGCAGGUGAUGCGUCUUCUUACAACCAGAUGCCAGUAGCUGACAUGUUGACGCCGAGCGUGGAUCCUCCUCACGGCCACGACCAAGAGGGUUAUUUGGAUGCUGGGGCGCACUUGAACAUGGCACAGAGUGCUUAUCCCGCCUUGCCUGAUUCAUCCUUGAACACCACCUCAGACACUGUGAUGGCUUCUGCAAAGACGGUGUCGCCAGGGAAGGGCCGUCACCGCCUCAAGACAUCUGCUGGCAGCCCCUCCCAACAAAGCUUGCCUCAAGGCUCGGGCGGCCAUGGGACAGCAGCUGUUGGUAGCGGUUCAAGUUGGAUGGCUGGGAACAACGUGGCCACUGCCAACAGCAGCAGCAGCAGCAACAACAAGAACCAUAACAACACCACGAUGUCGCCUAUUCUGGCGCAGCAAGCCAUGUUAGGACAGCAACAAGCCAGGCAAUCGAGCCCGCUCAUGUCAACGAACUCGCCACAACUGCGAGACAAUGCAGCGCAGCCUGCCCACCACAACAACACCACCCCAACACAAGCCCAGCAGUCGCCUCAGAUGAUGGCCGCCAUGCAGACACAGGCGCGGAGAUCGCCUUUCCAAGCUCAGCAACAGCAGCGUGCCAUGUCUCAACAUGGCCAAAGAGCCCAUACCAGGACCCCCAACGCCGAUGCUUUGAGUCGAGCGUAUCCACCACAUGCGCCCACUCAACCAAUCCAGCAAGCUGCGCCGCCGCCGAAUAACGACCUGGUAGCCUCGUCAGCGUACAACGAUUAUGGUCGGUAUGCAGGCAACAAUGCAGCUGCGAACGAUGCUAGCCACCGCAUCGCAUAUGAGCCAUACUCGCAACAAGAGCGUACCACGGCAGCGCCUACCUCGACGUCCUACCCGGCGUUUGAUAUGAGUCGAGGUGGCUCCACGACAAUGUCCAUGAACGCCGCGGCUACCACCAUGGCCUCUACGCACAACAGCCAAGAGUCGACAGCCGGGCCAUGGUCUGGUUCGAGUAGAUCUUCGCAACCACAUGACCGAGCGAGCGGGUUCGGCAGCUCGGGCUCUUACGGGCAACCCACCACCGACUCGGCAUUGCUGAGCAACUUUGACAUGCGAGCAAACUCUCAGAACCGCGGGCGCGCAGGCUACGCCACCCAAACGCAGCCAGUAGGCAGCCAGGGGCCUUGGAGUUACUUUGGUGGACCGGAGAAUAACUCCGGAUCCAAUGGCUCAGGGUGGGUUUGA